AUGAUUAGUCAGUUCAGAAAGUUUGAUUCAAGAACCGCUUCUCCAUCCAGAAUGUUACGCAUUUGCAUGAUGUCCGGUGCAGAGUUGGCGGCCGUGCCUGUGGAGGAGGUCAUCAGCGUGAGGGAAGUGAAGCGUCUUUUGCACCAGCAACACGGCCUUCCCCCUCGCUUCCGGCAGAGGCUCGUUCUCAACGGCGCGAGUCUAGACGAUGCUGACGAGCUCGCUUCUCCACAGGACCUUGAACUGGUCGUGCUUCCUUUCUGCAACGCUUCCGUGCAGCAAGUGUACGAGUUCAGAGCCGCCGCUGGAGACGGUUUAGUGCAACAGGUCGAGUCCAUGCUGCAGCUGCCCCUGGACCCCAGUGUGUUCGUGCCUGGUCGUUCGCCACUGUUACAUGCAGCUGCCAAUGGCCAUGUUGAAGUUGUGCGUUUGCUGGCGGAGGCCGGCGCCGAUGUCAACGCAGCCCUCAUGAUGGAAGCGGGCAAUGGCCGCGUUGAAGUCGUGCGUUUGCUGGUGGAGGCUGGCGGUGACCAGCACGCGGUUGCCUAUGACGGCAUGACGGCCCUGAUGACGGCAGCUGCCAAUGGCCAUGCUAAAGUCGUGCGUUUGCUGGAGGAGUCUGGCUCUGACAAGGACCUUGGAGCAAACAGUGGCAUGACAGCCCUGAUGAUGGCAGCGGGCAAUGGCCACGUUGAAGUGGUGCGUUUGCUGGUGGGGGCUGGCGCUGACAAGGACAUGGGCGCCAACAACGGCACAACAGCCCUCAUGAUGGCGGCUGUCGAUGGCCACGUUGAAGUCGUGCGUUUGCUGGUGGAGGCUGGCGCCGACAAGGACGUGGCGGCCAAGAAUGGCAAAACAGCCUUGACGAUGGCAACUGCCAAUGGCCAUGUGGAAGUCGUGCGCUUGCUGAUGCAAGCCGGCGCGGACAAGCAUGUGGCCAAUGACGCCCUGACCUCCCGCAUGUUCGCAGAUGGUAGCCACGCUGAAGCCGCGCUACUGCUUUCAGAACCUGCCACGAAGCGAAGACGGCUCGUCCCUUAG